AUGAAUUUCGAUGUUGGAGGUCCAUCAUACUUAUCAUCAUCUUCAUCUUCGGAUGAUGAUAAUUUUCUGUCCAAUAUCAUUGCAGAGAUUGAUGAAACCGAAGAAGUAAUUUGUGAGUACAUCAACAACAACAUGAUCCUCGUUAACAAUUUACGUCAACACAACUACCAACCGAUCCAUGGUGGCUCGAUUCCCGGUCAUGCAGUGAUCAACCGCGAUCGAGAAAAUGCGCAUCAGAAUUUGGUCAUAGAUUACUUUGCCGAUAAUCCACGUUUUGGAGAAGAUAUGUUUCGUCGUCGAUAUCGGAUGUCAAGAAGUUUGUUCCUUCGUAUUGUUGAUGCAGUGAAAGAUCAUGACUAUUACUUCCAACAACGAAGUGAUGGACUUGGUAGAAUGGGAUUAUCACCGUUACAGAAAGUAACAGCUGUUUUUCGCAUGUUGGCAUACGGUCUACCAGCUGAUGCUACGGACGAAUACGUUAAAAUAGUAUUUGGGGCCGAGGAUCCAGCCAGCGCCAGCAACGGAAGUAGGCGGCAGCAGCAGCAGCUAGGGAUUUCUGAGGAGGGGGACGAGGAGGGAGGAACAGGGGCCGUUGGCGCUAUCAAAUCCCUGUUCGAUCCGAACGAGGAAACCAAGUCAGGAAAGGUACUGCCCAAGGCCUACUUGAAGGCCGCGAGGGAAGUGGUGAAGACUCUCCGAGAGUCGCUGGAGGAAGACGGCAAGGAUGUGGCCAAGUUUAGGAGGAGUGCUGAUGCUGCCGAGGAGUCGAUUAGAGCAGGGCCGGUCCUGAGCAUUCGGGGGCCCAGGAUGGAGAGUGAAAUAGUAAUCAGGUACAGGAUCGUGGGAGUUGGGAUGAUGGGCAGAGAGCACAUGACCAACCUCUCCCACCUCCGCUCCCACGGCGCCGUCCUCACGUGCGUUGCGGACCCUCACCCCGCUUCCCAAACCCUGGCCCUCCAACUCUCGGAAUCCCUCUCAGUCCCCAGUUCGCCUCCUCUUAAGGAAUCAUAUGUUGCACUGGAGAAAGCAAUCAGGUCCCUCGCGAGCUUCUAUUCGAAAGCUGGCCCCUUUGCAGCGCUCUCAGAGGAAGUGAAAACGAGCGUUCUGGAUGACUUGAACUCUGCGGAAGCAUAUCUAUAGCUAAACGUGCAUGACCCUCAGUUGUGUUCUGAAUCUUAUCGUCGUCGGUCUAGUAGUUGUUGGCCAUUCGAUCCUCUUGUUUCGGUUUAGUUUUUACCUCUUUCUUGAUGGUUUGCCCCUUUGGUAGGUCGGUACUCAUUUGUUUUCCCUCAUACGAGGGUCAUAAGCUGAUUAAUUAAACUAUGUUGAGAACCUUGUGGCUGCAUAUUUGUUUGCAUGUUGUCUUCUGACCAUAUAUUUAACUGCUUAAACUAGCGAGUGCAAAGU